CUUGGCGUGCAUAGCCGGCCCCCGUGCAACCUCCCCCUGCGGCCGCCGCGCCGUCGCCGCCGCCGGGACCGCCGCCCAGCCGGGCCCCAGGACCCCGCGGCCCGACCUCGAGCCCACCGAGCAGUGGGCGCCGGCCGCUUCUAACCCGCGCGCCCAGAACAGCCCACCGGUCCCGCGCGCCUCGCCCAACGCUGCGCGCUCUGCAGACCCCUGUCCUCUCCCGUCUUUCUUCUCCGCCCCUCCCUCUCACCUUCUCCUUUGCUUGAAUUGCUUUCCCCCUUUGUCAUACCUUCCUCAUCUCUCCAUCUCCCUCCUUUGCUCUUGUUCUCUUUUCAUCUUCCUCUUAUUCCCACCUUAGACAUCCCUUUCUGCCCUCACCGCCUGCUCUGACUCUGCACUGUGGCAGCAGCCCUCCCUGGGGCUGUGGAUUGCUUUGUGCCCCCGUGCCUCAGUGUCCCCUCGUCUCUCGAUCUCCGGUCUCCGACACCCCUCCCUGCUCAGCCCCUGGUGGCCUGGUCCUGGGGGAAGGAAGGAUGAUUCCCGAGGGAAGGGUCCUCUCUUCCUUGCUGGGACUCGCGCUGCUCUGGUUCCCCUUGGACUCCCACGCUCGAGCUCGCCCGGACGUGUUCUGCCUUUUCCACGGGAAGAGAUACUCCCCCGGCGAGAGCUGGCACCCGUACUUGGAGCCACAGGGCCUGAUGUACUGCCUUCGCUGCACUUGUUCCGAGAGUGCCCAUGUGAAUUGUUACCGCCUCCACUGCCCGCCUGUCUACUGCCCCCAGCCUGUGACAGAGCCACAGCAGUGCUGUCCCCGGUGUGUGGAACCUCACACACCCUCUGGGCUCCGGGCCCCCCCAAAGUCCUGCCAGCACAACGGGACCAUGUACCAACAUGGAGAGAUGUUCAGUGCCCAUGAGCUGUUCCCUUCCCGCCUGCCCAACCAGUGUGUCCUCUGCAGCUGUACUGAAGGCCAGAUCUACUGCGGCCUCAUGACCUGCCCGGAACCAGGCUGCCCCGCGCCCCUCCCACUGCCCAGCUCCUGCUGCCAGGCCUGUAAAGAUGGGUCAAGUGAGAAAUCAGCUGAAGAGGACACCACACAGUCGCACCGUGGGGUGAGACAUUCCCAGGAUCUGUGUUCAGGGGACGGUGUGAGAAAGAGAGGCCUGGGCACCCCAGCCCCCACUGGGCUCAGCUCCCCUCUGGGCUUCAUCCCUCGCCACUUCCGACCGAAGGGGGCAGGCAGCACCACAGUCAAGAUUGUUCUGAAGGAGAAACAUAAGAAAGCCUGUGUGCAUGGCGGGAAGACAUACUCACAUGGGGAGGUGUGGCACCCAGCCUUUCGCUCCUUUGGACCCCUGCCCUGCAUCCUGUGCACCUGUCAGGACGGCCACCAGGACUGCCAGCGGGUGACCUGCCCCACUGAGUACCCCUGCCAUCACCCUGAGAAAGUGGCCGGAAAGUGCUGCAAGAUUUGCCCAGAGGACAAGGCAGACCCUGGCCACAGUGAGAUCAGUGCCACCCGGUGUCCGAAGGCGCCGGGCCGGGUCCUCGUACACACGUCAGUAUCCCCAAGUCCAGACAACCUGCGUCGCUUUGCCCUUGAGCGUGAGGCCUCUGAGCAGGUGGACAUCUACCUCUGGAAGCUGGUAAAAGAUGAGGAAACUGAGGCUCAGAGAGGUGAAGUACCUGGCUCAAGGCCACACAGCCAGAAUCUUCCACUUGAUUCAGAUCAAGAAAGUCAGGAAGCAAGACUUCCAGAGAGAGGCACAGAACUUCCGGCUGCUCACUGGCACCCACGAAGGUCACUGGAACGUCUUCCUAGCCCAGACGCCGGAGCUGAAGGUCAUGGCCAGUCCAGACAAAGGGACCAAGACCUUAUAACAAAGACCUAAACUGUUGCAGAUAUGAGCGUUAUCAUUUUGUUGUUAUAUAUUAAUAAAUAAGUUGCAUUACCC